UAAAGGAGAAAAAAAUUGAUAAUAGAAAAUUUCUCAGUAAACAAAUUUGCAUUUUGCAUUCAUUUAUUGGCAGUGGCAGCUGCUAAUUUCGAUGGAAAUUUUCUUCAUUAGUCAUUCUCUCGGUGCACAUGCAUGAAACAAUGUAUCUGUAAACGUUUUUGAACUGGAAGAAACACUAUUGAACAUGAAGAUCAGUUCGCUUUUGUGAUCAUCUUUCCUGGAAUCGUAAUCGUUCUUCGCUUGCCAACUCUUGAAGAAAAUCGAGUGAAACACAAUGACUGACUUCCUCUCAUCAGCUUUCGGCUACCUGAGUAAUUAUUCGGAGCAAAGCAGUGGCGUAUGUUUGAACGGGGUGACAGAAAUUGCCAAUUAUAAACUACGUAUUAAGAAAGUCAUAGCUGAAGGUGGUUUUUCGACUAUUUACGCUGCUCAAAGUUUAGAUAAUGGGAAAGUGUACGCUAUUAAAAGGAUAUUGGCCGGAGAUGAAGAAGCGAAUAGGAAUGUUAUGAAAGAAAUCCAGAUAUUUCGAAAAGUAUCAGGACAUCCGAAUAUAGCGCAGUUUUUAGCUUCAGCGUUUACUGAUAAAAGCUUAUCAAAUCAUGGGCAAUACGAAUACUUGGUUUUAAUGGAAUUAUGUCCUGAGGGUACUCUGGUCGAUAUCGUAGCUUCGAAAUCAGCUGUUCUUACUGUAGAUGUUAUCAGCAUCCUGUAUUAUCAAGUUUGCUUGGCAGUACAACAUUUGCACCAGCAGAAUCCUCCCAUAAUUCAUAGAGAUCUGAAGUUGGAAAAUUUCCUUUUGGGAGAAGACGGUAAAUUGAAGUUGUGUGAUUUUGGUAGCGCUACGACUGAUGUUAUAACACCCGAUGAAAGCUGGUCAGCUCAAAGGAGAGCUCUUCUAGAGGAUGAUAUAGCUCAUUGCACUACGCCUAUGUAUCGAGCUCCCGAACAAGUGGAUACGUGGAGUAAUCACGAAAUCGGUGUGCCAUCGGAUAUCUGGGCGUUGGGAUGUAUUAUGUAUAUGCUUUGUUUUAAAAAGCAUCCGUUCGAAGAUUCGGCUAAAUUAGCUAUUCUAAAUGCCAACUACAACAUUCCAUCGAAUGACGUCAAGCACAGAGUUUUUCAUAAUAUUAUUAAGGGCUGUUUAAAAGAGAAUCCUCGUACUAGAUACAGUAUUAAUGAUUUAUUAGAACAAGUAGCGGUGAUCGCUGAAACGACCGGAUUCAAACUGAACGAACCGUUGAAAAAAUGGAGUGAUAUUAUUGGAAAAGAAGAGGAACUUGUUGAAAGCAACGCAGAUAUCUUAGACACAAAUCAACAACAAUCUAGUCAGUUACCAUCACGUAAAUUUAGUUCAACUCCGAGUCACGCUCCAGUUCCUCCUUCAAGAGAAGAAGCAAUGCCGAGAAAAUCUUCAUCUUCGGGUCUGAGCGGCGGUGCUUUCGGUGGAGGUGGCAGUGGUCUGUUUUCUUCUUUGAAAGGAGGAGCCGGAUCAUUAUUCAAGAAUAUCAAGGAUACGUCCACGAAAAUGGUUCAAUCAGUGCAAUCAAGCAUGUCUAGAUCUGGAGUCGAUAUAUGUUACUUGACGUCUCGUUUGGCGGUCAUGUCAUAUCCCGGUGAAGGUUUAGAACUUACAACGAAUAGCAAUUGCGCCGAAGAUGUUCGUAUACUAUUAGAAUCCAAGCAUCAUUCCACUCAUUAUUCGGUUUAUAACGUAUCUAGAAGAUCGUACCCGAAUACGAGAAUAGGCAAAGGAAGAUUGGUCGAUUGUAAUUGGAAUAUUUCCCGACGAACUCCUUCGUUGUAUUCUUUGUAUAACGCUUGUCAAGAUAUGUAUAUGUUUCUGGAGACAGAUAAACGUAAUGUCUGCAUUGUUAGUUGCAUGGAUGGUAAAUCGAGUUCGGCUGUACUAGUUUCGGCAUUCCUAAUGUUCGUGGGUUUCGUCGCGAAACCCGAAGAUGCCCUGCAAAUGUUCGCUGUUAAAAGAACGCCACCUAAUUUGCAGCCUUCUGAGAUGAGGUAUUUGAAAUAUUUUUGUGAGAUUUUGAAGAAAUCUGCGGAUCAGGGAUGUUAUCCGAUUAAAUUGACGUCUGUUACCUUGCAACCGGUUCCUUUGUUCAAUAAGAAUAAAGAUGGUUGCAGACCUUACGUUGAAAUAUAUCAAGGCGAAGAUAGAAUUCUAACCACGCAACAAGAAUACGAAAAAAUGGUGCUAUUUAACGUAUCUCAUGGAAAGGUGUCUCUGCCUUUGAACGUCAAAGUGAUGGAUGACGUUACAGUCAUCGUAUAUCAUUCUAGAUAUGUUCUGGGACGACCAACUGGCAUAAAAAUUCUUCAAUAUCAAUUCCAUACCACUUUCCUAUCAUCGGAUAAUUCCAUAACGUGUUCCAAGAAAGAUUUAGACGAUUUGUCCGAAGGCGAAUUCUAUCAAACGGAUAAUUUCAACAUCGUUUUAACUUUCGAAACACUGCAAUCAGCUCGAACACGCGAUUUACCUUGGGAAAAUCAUCUGAAAAAUAAAUACUCGCCGGAUAUUCUGUUCACGUCCAAGUUGGAAGCUGACGAAUUAACAGAUUCGUUCGGAACUAAAGCUCAAGUUACCGAGAAAAUGUCUCCGGCGCGACCUGCUCCGCCUAGACCGCCUCCGCCGGCCGGUGGUGAUCCUCCAAGAAGACCUCCUCCACCGGAUCAAAUACAUCGCCCUACCUUAGACGAACAAAACGCCGACUUAUUAAAUUUAUCUCCGUCGCCUAAACCCGUUCCAAAAGCAUCGGAACCCGUUAAUAUAUUCAAUUUAGACGACAAUGCGGCCGGUUACGAGAAAAAAUUACAAGAUCAAGUUAAUCUACUCGAUAUCAAUACGUCGGAUCCGUUAAACGAUAUAUUUUCGGGCUCAGCUCCGGCUGCUUCUUCUGGUACAACGAAACAAAACGAUGUUAUGGAUUUGCUAGGCGAUUUGAAUUCGUUUUCGGCUCCUACAGCAACGACAAAUAUACCUAAUGUAACCGUACCUCCUGUUACUGUACCUCCGCCUUCUUCUGUCAACGAUACGAAAAAGAAAUCGAAUGUGAAUUUCGAUCCGUUUGAUUUUACCGGAAAUAUGUCUCAGGAUACGUUAUUCAGCUCGACGGCCUCUUCGAAUGCAUUUAAUAGUAAUAACGCCGGAUUCCUGGGUAAUAUGACCAAUAUCCAGCGCAACGUUAGCACACCUAAUCUUACGUCUGAUCUCUUUAGUAAUAUUGAUAAACCAAUGACCGGAAAUACAACCGGUUUAGGUGCCGGAAUAUCAUCCCAGAAUCGUUCAACCGGGUACGGAGGAGCUCCACAUUUCUCAAGCAAUCCCAUGUCUCCCGUUGGUAGCCCAAUCAAAACGAUGAAGUCACCUAUGGAACCCAACUACAACCGGUCUCAUUUUGAUAACAUCAUGAAAAACGAUGCUGCGAAUAACAAGCCGGAAAAAAGUAAAAGCGGCGAAGACAUAUUCGGUGACUUAUUGGGCAGUCAAGGAUACUCAUUUACUAGCUCAAAGACCACCUCCGGUACGAGAACGAUGAACGAAAUGCGCAAAGUCGAAAUGGCUAAAGAAAUGGAUCCCGAUAAAUUAAAGGUUCAUGAAUGGAAGGAAGGCAAAAAGAAGAAUAUCAGAGCAUUGUUAUGCUCAAUGCAUACGAUUCUGUGGCCAGGAGCUAAUUGGCAUUGCGAAAUGCAUCAGCUAAUCACACCGGCUGAUGUGAAAAAAGCGUAUAGGAAAGCUUGCCUGACGGUGCAUCCGGAUAAGCAAAUCGGUACACCGAACGAAGCUCUAGCCAAAUUAAUCUUCACCGAAUUGAACACAGCUUGGAGCGAAUUCGAAAACGAUGCUAGUCAACAAAGUGCAUUUCGUUAAUACAGUAUAUUUCCAUAUAGUCCGUAUGAAUUAUUAUCCUACAUACCUAAAGAUAACGAUGACGACUACGACAGAAGACAGAAUAUCCUACAUAAGACACCGCUGACGUAUUACGCUUUUUGUGAUAUUUACCGACAUGGCGCAGGACGACAGCGAUCAUAUGGAAGAGGUGACUCGUUAAAAGACAGAAGGCUGUGAGAAUUUUGGCGGUAUUUUAGCCGUAUUUAAUGUACUACUAGUAGGUCCUCCAGAGAUACCGAGGUACAUUUCCUCUCAACACCGCUUCCAUUAUUUAUCUGUACCAAUGUACAACUGGCUCAACUCAAUAGCAACGAGCGACGUGAUGCCAACUUCCUAUAGCGUUUGAAGAAUACUACUUGUACCUACUUUACUUAUCUACAUUCUACAUAUUGUACGAACAAAAACUAGGGUUAUCCAUUUUUUGCUUCUUCAUUGAUUCAUCUGGCUCCCAUUUACUCUAUACGGUAUACGUAUAUACGUAAUAAUGUGUAUUUUAAUAUCUCUUAUACUGUGUACAAAUUUACAUACAUAUUAUCCCCGGUAGUGUAUAUAUGAUCGAGAUAACUACUGCUCGAUCAAUUCUAAUCAUAUUGGUUUUAUUAUUUU